AUGAAUGGUGGAAUCAUGCAGUUUGAAGCAACAUGGAACUGGAAGGCCGUCACCGACUCCACGACGGCCGGCGCAGCGUUCCCGGCCGCCCGGCUCGGGGACCCGCGCCUCCGCCGACCUGCCCACCUGGGCCGGGCCCGGGCGCCACGCCCCGCGCCUCCCGGGAAGCCGCACAGGUGUCCCACGUGGCUCCCGCGCCCCCCACGGCCGGCCUGCAGCGCCCCCUGGCCUGAGCGCAGCCCGGGCGCGCGCCGCCCGCACAGCCGCCCGGGCAGGGGCUCCCGCGGGCGCAGCCGCCGCGCUCCAUCCCGGGGUCUGUGCCCCGCGUUGGUGCCCGCGCCCGUGCCCGCCCCAGCCCCGCGGUCCCGAGGCUCCCGGGGCGCGCGGCGGCCGGAGCGUCCGCCCGGGCCCCCGAGCGCGGCCCCGCGGGCUUUGUUCGGCAUUGUCUGCGCUUCACCUGGGCAGCGCGGCCGCGGCGAGGACCCGGGGACCCCCCGGCCCCCAGCACCGGGCGCGCCCCGGGCCGACGCCUCUCCCCGGGCCCUGCUCUCCGCCGUCGGUCCCCGUGUCCCGCGAGGGGCAGCGCAGCCGCCUCUGGUGCGGCCCGGCUCGGGCGGCGGGAGCGCCCAGCGCAGGAAAAAGAGUCUCUCAGCCCCAUCGUUCCUAGAGAUCUUCUUUCUUUUCUCUUUUUUCUUGCCCACCUCGUGGCCUCUUCAGGAAGUGCACGUGAGCAGGGAGACCCUGGGGAAGAUCUCGGCAGCCAGCAAGAUGAUGCGGUGCUCAGUGGCGGCCGACUUCCUGUUCCUUCUGGAUGGCUCCCACAGCGUCGGGAAGGGGAGCUUCGAGAGGUCCAAGCACUUUGCCCUCACGGUGUGUGACGCGCUGGAUAUCAGCUUCGAGAGGGUCCGUGUGGGGGCGCUCCAGUUCAGUGCGGUGCCGCACCUGGAGUUCCCCCUGGAUUCGUUCUCCAGCCGGCAGCAGGUGAAGGCGAGGAUCAAGAGGAUGGUUUUCAAAGGUGGGCGCACAGAGACAGGGCUGGCUCUGAAGUACCUUCUGCGCAAAGGCUUCCCGGGGGGCAGAAAUGCCUCCGUGCCCCAGGUCCUCAUCAUCGUCACCGACGGGCGUUCCCAGGGGCAGGUGGCCCUGCCGGCCAAGCAGCUGAAGGAAAGGGGCGUCUCUGUGUUCGCCGUGGGGGUCCGCUUCCCGAGGUGGCAGGAGCUGCACACACUGGCCAGCGAGCCCAGGGAGUGGUACGUGCUCAUGGCGGAGCAGGCCCCGGACGCCACCAACGGUCUCUUCAGCACCCUCAGCCACUCUGGCGUCUGCACCGCCACCAGCCCAGAAUGCACUGUGCAGCCUCACCCCUGUGAACGCCGGACACUGGAGACCGUGCAGGAACACGCAGGCCAUGCCCCGUGCUGGCGAGGGUCCCGGGGCCCCGCGGGCGGAGUGCUGGCCACACACUGCCCCUUCUCCAGCUGGAAGAAAGUGUUCUUGGCCCACCCUGCCACCUGCUACAGGACCACCUGCCCAGGCCCCUGUGAUUCACAGCCCUGCCAGAAUGGAGGCACGUGUGUUCCAGAAGGCCGUGAGGGCUACCGCUGCCUGUGCCCACCACCCUUCGACGGGGCGGCCGCCUGCGCCCCGAAGCUGAGCGUGGACUGCAGAACCGACGUCCUCUUCCUGCUGGCCAGCUCCGCGGGCACCACGCUGGACGGCUUCCUGCGGGCCAAGGCCUUCGUGAAGCGCUUCGUGCAGGCGGCACUGAGCGACGAGGCCCAGGCCCGCGUGGGCGUGGCCCAGUACAGCGGGGAGCUGGCCCUGGCCGUGCCCGUGGGCGAGUACCAGGACGUGGCCGACCUGCUCGGGAGCCUCGACGCCCUGCCCUUCCACGGCGGGGCCACCCUCACGGGCCGCGCCCUGCGCGAGGCAGCGGAGCGCGGCUUCGGCAGCGUGGGCGUGGCGGGCCGGGACCGUCCCCGCCGGGUGCUGGUCCUGCUCACCGAGGCGCGCUCCCAGGACGAGGUGGCCGGCGCCGCGCGGCACGCCAGGGCCCGGGAGCUGCUCCUGCUGGCGCUGGGCAGCGAGGCGGUGGGGGCAGAGUUGGAGGAGAUCACGGGCAGCCCCAAACAGGUGAUGAUCUACGCCAGCCCUCAGGACCUGUUCCACAAAAUCCCGGAGCUGCAGACGAAACUGUGCAGCCGGCUGCAGCCAGGCUGCCAGACGCAAGCCCUGGACCUGGUCUUCCUGCUGGACGCCUCCGCCGCGGUGGGGCCCGAGCACUUCGCCCGGGUGCUGAGCUUCGUGAGGGGCUGCACGCAGCAGUUCGACGUCAACCCCGACGUGACGCAGGUGGGCCUGGUGGCCUACGGCAGCCGCGUGCAGACGGUCUUCGGGCUGGACACGCACGUGACCCGCGCGGCCGUGCUGCGCGCCGUCAGCCAGGCCCCCUACCUGGGGGGCGCGGGGUCGGCGGGCACCGCGCUGCUGCACGUGCACGACAAGGUGAUGACUGUCCAGAGGGGCGCCCGGCCAGGGGUCCCCAAGGCGGUGGUGCUGCUCACGGGCGGCCGAGCGGCCGAGGACGCCACUGUCCCCGUCCGGAGGCUGCGGAACAACGGGGUCUCCGUGCUGGUGGUGGGCGUGGGGCCCGUGCUGGGGGACGCGCUGCGGAGGCUGGCGGGUCCCCGUGACGCCCUCAUCCACGCGGCCGCCUACUCGGACCUGCGGCGCCACCAGGAUGCGCUCGUGGAGUGGCUGUGCGCAGAAGCCAAGCGACCCGCAGACCUGUGCCGCCCCAGCCCCUGCAUGAACGAAGGCGCCUGCGUCCUGCAGCUCGGCAGCUACCGGUGCGAGUGUCGCCCCGGCUGGGAGGGCCCCCACUGCGAGAACCGGACCUUGAGAGGUGACGCCCCCCAAGCACGGGGCCCCCGCCCGGCACCAGCAGGAGGGCAGCGGCUGGACCCCUUGCAGCAUCGAUCCCGGCAGCCUGGGCAACCCGGGCCCUGA